CGGAGAAAAGAUAUUGCCAAACGGAGAAGGAGGCUUUGGCUCUAGUCUGGAGCGUUGAGAAGUUCCAGGUAUAUUUGAUCGGUCGAAAAUUUAACCUUUUGACAGACUGCAAAGCAUUGACUUACUUAUUUGCUCCGACAUCUCGGCCAUGUGCUCGUAUUGAGCGAUGGGUACUGAGGCUACAGAGUUUUCAGUACCGGAUUGUUCAUAUUUCAGGACAAUCUAACAUAGCCGAUGUCCUGUCUCGGCUUUCCACACUUCUUCCUCAACCAUUCGAUGAAUCGGAAGAGCUGAUGGUGAGAGAAAUAGUAUCUUCUUCUGCAGCAACAAUGGCUUUGAAGUGGCAAGAAAUUGAACGCGCUAGUAGAGAUGACCCUGAAAUACAACAAGUUAUUGAGGCAUUAGACUCCGGGGGAGAGGGAGAUAUUCCUUUACCAUUCAAAAUGAUAUCCACAGAGCUUUGCCGGCUAGAUGAUGUUUUACUGAGAGUAGACCGAAUUGUUAUUCCACAAAGUCUUCGACAACGGGUUUUACAGAUUGCACAUGAAGGGCAUCCGGGUAUACGGAUUAUGAAAAGCCAUUUACGUACUAACUCGUGGUGGCCAAAGAUGGACCAGGAUGUCGAAAGAUAUGUGAAGGCAUGCCGUGGGUGUGUCUUGGUCUCUGCCCCCAAUCAACCCGAGCCAAUGAUCAGAAAAACACUUCCAUCUCGGCCGUGGGAGCAAAUUGCGAUAGAUUUCUUAGGUCCAUUGCCGGAUGGCGAAAAUUUGCUAGUGUGUAUCGACUACUACAGCAGAUUUAUGGAAGUUAUUGAAAUGAAUUUUAUCACAUCAGCGUCAACUAUUAAAGAACUAUUAAUAAUUUUCUCACGGUAUGGAGUUCCAGAAUCAAUACGUGCGGAUAACGGUCCUCAGUUUUCUUCAGACGAGUUUCAAGCAUUUUGUGAUGAAUAUGGUAUACAUCUAGAGACGACUAUACCAUAUUGGCCACAAAUGAACGGAGAAGUUGAACGGCAGAACCGGUCAAUUUUGAAGCGAUUGCGUAUAGCACAGGAACUUGGAAAAGAUUGGCGGAAAGAUCUGCGACAGUAUUUGUUAGUGUAUCACUCUUCAAAUCAUUCAACCACUGGAAAAGCGCCUGCAGAAUUAAUGUUUGGUCGUAAAAUGCGAACGAAGUUACCAAGUGUCCCUAUCAACAUAUAUGACGAUGAGGAAAUGAGGGAGAAGGACAAAAUUGAGAAGGAGAAGGGAAGAGUAUACGCUGAUAAGAGACGCAAAGCGGAGCCUAGUACUAUAGAAGUGGGAGAUAAAGUUGUAGCAAAGCGAAUAAGAAAGAACCACAAAUUACAGUCAAAUUUUUCACCCGAAGAAUUUAGUGUGAUCGGUAAACAUGGAACAGAUGUCACUAUAAGAUCAUCAUUAACUGGGAAAGAAUUCCGAAGAAGUGCUGCUCAUCUGAAACAACUUCCAACGCCACCAAUUCAGGAAAGCCAGUUGAAUAAGGAUGCGAUUGACCCAAGUUGUCAACAAGACUCACUUGAAAUGGUGGAUCCUAAACCAGGACAAUCAAGGAUUCUUCAUCAUGAGGAUCCGGUGCCGAAAAGAACUCGAAUGGAAUCCACUCGACUAAGGGAGUUCGUGACAUAUUAAGAACGUAUGAGACAACUUGGAUAGAGCAACCAUGAUCCAGAAGAAGGGGCAUCGAUGACGGGAGGC